CCUGUCGUUUGUCUUGAGCUGUCAUUGCUGUUUACACAGUUUUGUGUUUGCAACUGGCCGUGCCACAGUUUGGAGUGUUGUCGUUGCUAGCUGGUUAAAGCGCAGCUAGAUUUCCAAUUUUCUUGGAUCGUAAAGGAAUGGUUGUGUGUAUGGCACGAUUUGGUGAGUGACUUUAGAUUCAGAAGAGAGUCAGCUUCUCAAGAGAAAAUCGUUGACGGGUCUAGGGCAAUCUUCGAUACUAACGGACAUGGCAGCAGCAACAGUGGUGGAGUCUGAUCAGUCGUCAACCGAAAGCGGUGCCGCAUUUACUGAACUAAACAGCACUGGCUGGAACGAAUCUCAACUUCGAAAGUAUCCUUUUCAAACAAAACCCAUACCAAGACUCUCUCAUACGGAUCCAAGAGCCGAGCUGCUUAUAAACAAUGAGGAGCCUGUGGUUUUAACGGACACAAAUCUAGUGUAUCCAGCUCUGAAAUGGGACAUAGGUUACCUUCAGGAGAACAUUGGGAGCGGAGACUUCUCUGUUUACAUUGCCGAAAACCAUAAGUUCCUCUACUAUGACGAGAAGAAAACGGUCAACUUUGAGAACUUUGUCCCCAAGUCUCGAAGGAUGGAAAUGAAAUUCUCAGAAUUUGUAAACAAAAUGCGUGAAACACAAGAACUGGAUGGAGAGGAGAGGGUGUACCUGCAGCAGACUUUGAAUGACACAGUGGGAAGGAAGAUUGUGGUGGAUUUCCUGGGAUUUAACUGGAACUGGAUCAACAAACAACAAGCCAAGCGCAACUGGGGACAACUUACAUCUAACUUACUGCUCAUAGGCAUGGAGGGCAAUGUGACCCCAGCUCACUACGAUGAGCAACAGAACUUCUUUGCUCAGAUUAAAGGGCACAAGAGGUGCAUUCUGUUUCCCCCAAACCAGUUUGAGUGUCUCUACCCCUUCCCUGUACACCACCCCUGUGACAGACAGAGUCAGGUUGAUUUUGAGAACCCAGACUAUGAGAGGUUUCCUAAUUUCAAAAACCUAGUGGGCUAUGAGACUGUUGUGGGCCCAGGGGACGUGCUCUACAUCCCUAUGUAUUGGUGGCAUCACAUUGAGUCCCUUUUGAGUGGCGGAGUGACUAUCACUGUUAACUUCUGGUACAAGGGUGCCCCAACACCCAAGAGGAUAGAGUACCCUCUGAGAGCCCAUCAGAAGGUGGCCAUCAUGAGGAACAUAGAGAAGAUGCUGGGAGAGGCUCUAGGAGACCCACACGAAGUCGGACCUUUGCUGAACAUGAUGAUUAAGGGGCGAUACGACCAGGACCAGAGAUUCAGCUAGAACCUCCUCUUGGAAACAGUUACCAAUCUGCUGCUGAAAUUGUGUGUGAGAGUGCUUGUGUUGGUGAGUGUGUGUGUGGGUGUGUGUGCGUCUAGUAUGAGUGGACACGAAUGCACUUGCAUGCAAACUUGGACUGUUGAGCUACCAUUGCAUGGCAGUACAAGGCUACCCUGAAAGACAGGGAAAUCUUCCACUCUGCUUCGAAUUGCCUGACACUUUUUUUUAUUUUAUUAAUUGGAGUUUCAAGCUGCCAGAGGAAGAGACUGAACUAGUGGUCAAUUUCCUCUCCGCAUGCUGUCAAUGAUUGCCUGGUAUUGAAUACAUGACUUACACUCUAUAGGUAUUUUAUUGGGAGUAAAGUAUCCUUGCAUCGUGUGCUUGGGUGUGUUGGUAUAGGGAACUUAACCACAAUAUAUCUAGAUAUUUAUAAGCCAGUAGUUCUUGCUCUGUCAACACCACUGCAAAAUAGGAAUACCCUGAUAUAACAGUGAUUGUGGGACACUCUGCCUUAGCUACACUGUGAUUUGAGAGCUAAAUUACAGGAUUGACUUUCUCAAGUUUUUUUUGCAUACCUGUAAAGAUUUUAACAAAGAAUAUUUUGGGGGGGUUGUUGUUAUGGCUGAUUUAAUCACUGGGUGUCAGAAAGCAGUAUUUUAUUGCCAGAUAAAAUGUUAAAAAAAUGCUGACCAGUUUUCAAAAUUGGGCCAACAUUUUCUUUAACAACACUGAAGGAACAUGUGAUAGUUCAUGUGAUAUGUGAUUUUAGUUUAAUAAUUUACAAAUAGUUUUGUGAUUGUAUGUUGCUCAUAUCUUUGAUUUCAUGAAUAAGCUACAUUUGUUUGUUAUUUGAUAAUCAAUGUUACUUGAAAUGGAAACCACCAGUCAGGGCAUGAAAGGACAUAUGCAAACAUUUCAAUCAUAACUGCUCAGUCUAUUUUGGACAGAAAAAAUAACCCUCAUAUAAAAGCCAUUUUGCUAGAUUUUCCCAUCUUGCAAAUCUAGCAAAAUGUGACUGAAUUGUUCAUUUGUAUCUUUUUUAAAUGCAUUGCAAUGCUGUACCCACUUGUGUAAUUUACCCUGUGGGUGACUCCUAGUGGCUUUAGCCAGACAGCUUUGUUCCAUAACUGCCACUAGCUGUGGUGGAAAAUUAGAUUUGGGAUGUAACUUCACUGGUAGAAUGCCUCAACUGAGGUAUAAUAAAGUACCAACAGCUUAAAUACAUAAUGACCCAUCUUUGUCCAGGUCACUCUUGCAUGUUUGGUUUACAGUUAUUGUAUAGUGUAAAUUCAAAGCAUUACCGAUUCAGUUAUUGAAGAUUUGGCUGACAUUUUGCUUUGAAAUAUGAUUUUUUGUUUGUUUGUUCAAUCAAAAUGGUUGACUGCUAAUUUGUAUCCCAGUUAAGGAAUGCAUUUAUGCAAAAAGUCCCAUUGCUAUUGUUUGGACAGGUGUCAAAGUGAUUAGGAUCAUGGUUUUUAUUGUGCCAUUGUGAAGUAUUUUCUUUAAGCAGGGCAAACAGACAGCUGGCAGUAACUCAGAGAGAUUCAAAUGACAUGUUGCGCUAUACUUGCCAAACAGACUGUGUCCUAAUGAUUAAAAAGCUGAUUGAUUGAUAACUAUCAAAAGCAGUAGAUAAACAAUAUUUAAAGGUAUUCAAACACUUUUUAAUUACUUUGCCAAUAUGGGGAGCAUAUUUGUCACCAAAACAGGAAUAUGUGUGUUAAAUUAAUUCAUGUCAUUCUGAAUAAUGAUCAUGAUAGUUUAGCAGACCUAGUGUAAGCUUAUCCAAUUUAUCAUUGACAAAUGUCGGAGACCUAUUUAAUAGGGACGCAUGUUUUUGGUUCAAGAUUUAAUUUAAUUUGUCUUUUGAAAACAAAUUACAUUGGAUUUACAGUAUAUAAGGAAAUUAUUUUAAGCCAUGUGUAUUAUUUGAUUAAAUAUGGGGAUUUGUUUCAUUUUCAGGUGACUGAAAAUGAAUCCAAUGUAAUUUGGUUGGCAUGUGCAUAGCACAUUUAGUUCCAUCAAAGAAUAUGGAAGUGUGUUGGUUAUACAACAAAAUUGUUCAAGUAUCUGUUCUUCAGUUCACUGAACCUAAGUUGAAUUGUGGUUUCUGUAUGUGCGUUCCUCCCUUCACCUGUACUGUACCACGUGCCUAGGUCUGUUAUGGAAUUGCACUAGAAGUAGGCAGAAUUAUUUUCUAAGAUUAAUUUAAAUUAAGGCUUUAAAUGUGACUAUUUGACAUGGUUUGUGAAGAUAUUGGUAUUAUGUCAUUAGUAUCCUUUUGUCAGAAAUGUAAAACUAUACUUUUCUUCUGUUCCUGCACUUGUUUUGUCUGCUGAAUUUUGCACUGGUUUGAAUGACUGGUUAAUGUAUGUUGUUGUGCAAGUAGCUUUGAAAUAAAACUUUACUGAAA